AUGCCAUUGUUUAAGGUAUGUUAUCUUAUAUAUUAGGUGCUGACAUAAAGAACCCACCAUCUUUUACAGGAAACUACAGGAAUAGUAUGGCGGGUUCUUUAUGUCGGCACAUAAUAUAUCACAUUUCUUGCAUCCUUAAUAAUUUUAAACAAAGAAUUUUGAAAUUUAAAAAAAUUUUUUAUAUAUUUGUCUAGAACAUGUUCAGAUUCAAGGCCUAAUCUCAUUGGAAUUAAAUAUUUAAGCAACCGCUUCUAAUAGUACAAUGUGAAGGUGUAUUUACUAUUUUGGAUAUUUAAAUUAAUACGGAUUAACUUCGGUCUUCUGGAUCUUAUGUUUCUUCGUAACAAUGUAAAAAUGUUUUUACACAGUUUUUGGAGAUUAAAAUAUUUUGAAAUUAGUGGGGAUUAGGCAACAUAUGAUUGUAUUGUUCAAGAUGUAUGGUCUAUUAAUACUUUGUUUUUUUUAAUCUUCGGGAAAAAUGAUUACUGUAGCUUCCGGUAAAUGGUAGCAGGUUUAUUGCUCAUUUUUUGUGGUAGGGGGAGGGGGGAGGGUUGGAGUUAGAAAAAAAUGUUAUUUUAUAGGCAGGAACGAGGUUUUUUGAAGUCAGUGGUACUAUUUUGAGAAGGAGGUACAGUACUACGAUCCUGAGUCUAUAUUUGAAAAAGACCAACUAAGUUAGCACACCUGGGCUCAAAGGUAAGACUAAAACAUUGAGUUUGGUCUGGUUCCUUUGCAGAAUACCCACCAGGCCUUGAGGCUAUAUUUGAAAUGAACCGGUUGGGCCAGAACAAAUUGGCCUGAGGCUUGUGAGCCCCGCUCUAUACCAAGGCCUAACCUGGUUGCCAUACUGUCUAUGGGUGACAAAACCCAAUUGUUUGAUUAAAAUUUUAAAUCUUUGAACUUUCUCACACGUCUUAUUCACAGAGAAAAAAUAAAAUACAAAACAAAACUUUUUCAGUCGCUGAGAAAGUUUUAAAACAAAAACUUUGCUUUUUGGCGAAGCCACACACAACGUCGUUCUUAAAAAGCAAAUAUUAAAAAUGUCAUCAAAAACUUGUGUAAGAUACAAAAAGAACUUUAAUGUGUGACUUUACAUUGAAAAUUACUGUAGUAAUAAAAGUGAUAUGGCCAGAGCUAGACAGACACUUUUAGUCUAGAGGCGGGGGUCGAAAAAAUCAAGACAGAUAAAUCCACAGGGGGGACCAAGUUCAACUUUUUUUUCAAAAAUUUUUUUUCGGGGGGGGGGUGUUCUCCAUAUGACUCUUAAUUGUUGUAGUAAUGAUCGUGCUACAGCUAGAACGCUAAAACACAUUUUUUAAUAAAUUUUUAAAAAUUUUUUAAAAAAAUUAAACAAUUUUCAUUUUGUAUUAUUUUAACAUUUUUUAAUCUUUAAGUUUAAAUAUCGCCGGAUUAACCCGCUAGAUUAGUCGUUAAUCAAAUUAAAUUUGUAAACAAUUUAUUUAUUUACUAUAGCAAUUUUUAAGCACUCGGAUUGAAUGACCGAUCUUUAAUGUGAAUAUUGAAGAUAACUUCCGUUUUUUAAGCCAAGUUAUAGCAAAAUAUACUGUAACUUUGGUAGUGCAUACUAUUUUUAGAAAUAGUGUAAGGUGAUAGGGUAAAUUCAGUUAGGGUAGGAUAGGUUAAGGUAGGGUAGAAUAUGUAAUUUUAAUAAAAAAUAUAGUAGCUAGAGCUAAAGCUAGAGCUAGAGCUGAAGCUAAAGCUAGAGCUAGAGCUAAAGCUAGAGCUAGAGCUAAAGCUAGAGCUAGAGCUAGAGCUAGAGCUAGAGCUGAAGCUAAAGCUAGAGCUAGAGCUAAAGCUAGAGCUAGAGCUAGAGCUAAAGCUAGAGCUAAAGCUAGGGCUAGAGCUAGAGCUAGAGCUAAAGCUAAAGCUAAAGCUAGAGCUAAAGCUAAAGCUAAAGCUAGGGCUAGAGCUAGAGCUAGAGCUAGAGCUAAAGCUAGAGCUAGAGCUAGAGCUAGAGCUAAAGCUAGAGCUAGAGCUAGAGCUAGAGCUAAAGCUAGAGCUAGAGCUAGAGCUAGAGCUGAAGCUAAAGCUAGAGCUAAAGCUAGAGCUAGAGCUAGAGCUAGAGCUAGAGCUAGAGCUAGAGCUAGAGCUAGAGCUAGAGCUAGAGCUAAAGCUAGAGCUAGAGCUGAAGCUAAAGCUAGAGCUAGAGCUAAAGCUAGAGCUAGAGCUAGAGCUAAAGCUAGAGCUAGAGCUAGAGCUAUAGCUAGAGCUAGAGCUAGAGCUAGAGCUAAAGCUAAAGCUAGAGCUAAAGCUAAAGCUAAAGCUAGAGCUAGAGCUGAAGCUAAAGCUAGAGCUAGAGCUAGAGCUAAAGCUAAAGCUAGAGCUAGAGCUAGAGCUAGAGCUAGAGCUAGAGCUAAAGCUAGAGCUAGAGCUGAAGCUAAAGCUAGGGCUAGAGCUAGAGCUAAAGCUAAAGCUAGAGCUAAAGCUAAAGCUAGAGCUAGAGCUAGAGCUAGAGCUGAAGCUAAAGCUAGAGCUAGAGCUAAAGCUAAAGCUAGAGCUAGAGCUAGAGCUAGAGCUAAAGCUAGAGCUAGAGCUAGAGCUAGAGCUGAAGCUAGAGCUAAAGCUAGAGCUAGAGCUAAAGCUAGAGCUAGAGCUAGAGCUAAAGCUACAGCUAGAGCUAGAGCUAGAGCUAGAGCUAGAGCUAGAGCUAGAGCUAGAGCUAGAGCUAGAGCUAAAGCUAGAGCUAAAGCUAGGGCUAGAGCUAGAGCUAGAGCUAAAGCUAAAGCUAGGGCUAGAGCUAGAGCUAGAGCUAAAGCUAGAGCUAGAGCUAGAGCUAGAGCUAGAGCUAGAGCUAGAGCUAAAGCUAAAGCUAGGGCUAGAGCUAGAGCUAGAGCUGAAGCUAAAGCUAGAGCUAAAGCUAGAGCUAGAGCUAGAGCUAGAGCUAAAGCUAAAGCUAGAGCUAGAGCUAGAGCUAGAGCUGAAGCUAAAGCUAGGGCUAGAGCUAGAGCUAGAGCUAAAGCUAAAGCUAGAGCUAAAGCUAAAGCUAGAGCUAGAGCUAGAGCUAGAGCUAAAGCUAGAGCUAAAGCUAGAGCUAGAGCUGAAGCUAAAGCUAGAGCUAGAGCUAGAGCUAGAGCUAGAGCUAGAGCUAGAGCUAAAGCUAGAGCUAAAGCUAGAGCUAGAGCUAGAGCUAGAGCUAAAGCUAAAGCUAGAGCUAGAGCUAGAGCUAGAGCUGAAGCUAAAGCUAGGGCUAGAGCUAGAGCUAGAGCUAAAGCUAAAGCUAGAGCUAAAGCUAAAGCUAGAGCUAGAGCUAGAGCUAGAGCUAAAGCUAGAGCUAAAGCUAGAGCUAGAGCUGAAGCUAAAGCUAGAGCUAGAGCUAGAGCUAGAGCUAAAGCUAGAGCUAGAGCUAGAGCUAGAGCUAAAGCUAAAGCUAGAGCUAGAGCUAGAGCUAGAGCUGAAGCUAAAGCUAGGGCUAGAGCUAGAGCUAGAGCUAAAGCUAAAGCUAGAGCUAAAGCUAAAGCUAGAGCUAGAGCUAGAGCUAGAGCUAGAGCUAGAGCUAGAGCUAGAGCUAGAGCUAGAGCUAGAGCUAGAGCUAGAGCUAGAGCUAAAGCUAGAGCUAAAGCUAGAGCUAGAGCUAGAGCUAGAGCUAAAGCUAAAGCUAGAGCUAGAGCUAGAGCUAGAGCUGAAGCUAAAGCUAGGGCUAGAGCUAGAGCUAGAGCUAAAGCUAAAGCUAGAGCUAAAGCUAAAGCUAGAGCUAGAGCUAGAGCUAGAGCUAGAGCUAGAGCUGAAGCUAAAGCUAGAGCUAGAGCUAGAGCUAGAGCUAAAGCUAGAGCUAGAGCUAGAGCUGAAGCUAAAGCUAGAGCUAGAGCUAGAGCUAGAGCUAGAGCUAGAGCUAGAGCUGAAGCUAAAGCUAGAGCUAGAGCUAGAGCUAGAGCUAGAGCUAAAGCUAGAGCUAGAGCUAGAGCUAGAGCUAGAGCUAGAGCUAAAGCUAGAGCUAGAGCUAGAGCUAGAGCUAGAGCUAAAGCUAGAGCUAGAGCUAGAGCUAGAGCUAGAGCUAAAGCUAAAGCUAGAGCUAGAGCUAGAGCUGAAGCUAAAGCUAGAGCUAGAGCUAGAGCUAAAGCUAGAGCUAGAGCUAGAGCUAGAGCUAGAGCUAAAGCUAGAGCUAGGGCUAGAGCUAGAGCUAAAGCUAAAGCUAGAGCUAGAGCUGAAGCUAAAGCUAGAGCUAGAGCUAAAGCUAAAGCUAGAGCUAGAGCUAGAGCUAGAGCUAGAGCUAGAGCUGAAGCUAAAGCUAGGGCUAGAGCUAGAGCUAGAGCUAAAGCUAAAGCUAGAGCUAAAGCUAAAGCUAGAGCUAGAGCUAGAGCUGAAGCUAAAGCUAGAGCUAGAGCUAAAGCUAGAGCUAGAGCUAGAGCUAGAGCUAAAGCUAGAGCUAGAGCUAGAGCUAGAGCUGAAGCUAAAGCUAGGGCUAGAGCUAGAGCUAAAGCUAAAGCUAGAGCUAGAGCUAGAGCUGAAGCUAAAGCUAGGGCUAGAGCUAAAGCUAGAGCUAGAGCUAGAGCUAGAGCUAGAGCUAGAGCUAAAGCUAGAGCUAGAGCUAGAGCUAGAGCUAGAGCUAAAGCUAAAGCUAAAGCUAGGGCUAAAGCUAGAGCUAGAGCUGAAGCUAAAGCUAGAGCUAGAGCUAAAGCUAGAGCUAGAGCUAAAGCUAGAGCUAGAGCUAGAGCUAGAGCUAGAGCUAGAGCUAGAGCUAGAGCUAGAGCUAGAGCUAAAGCUAGAGCUAGAGCUAGAGCUAGAGCUAGAGCUAGAGCUAGAGCUGAAGCUAAAGCUAGGGCUAGAGCUAGAGCUAGAGCUAAAGCUAAAGCUAGAGCUAAAGCUAAAGCUAGAGCUAGAGCUAGAGCUAGAGCUGAAGCUAAAGCUAGAGCUAGAGCUAAAGCUAGAGCUAGAGCUAGAGCUGAAGCUAAAGCUAGAGCUAGAGCUAGAGCUAGAGCUAAAGCUAGAGCUAGAGCUAGAGCUAGAGCUAGAGCUAGAGCUAGAGCUAGAGCUGAAGCUAAAGCUAGGGCUAGAGCUAGAGCUAGAGCUAAAGCUAAAGCUAGAGCUAAAGCUAAAGCUAGGGCUAGAGCUAAAGCUAGAGCUAGAGCUAGAGCUAGAGCUAGAGCUGAAGCUAAAGCUAGGGCUAGAGCUAAAGCUAAAGCUAGAGCUAGAGCUGAAGCUAAAGCUAGGGCUAGAGCUAAAGCUAGAGCUAGAGCUAGAGCUAGAGCUAGAGCUAAAGCUAGAGCUAGAGCUAGAGCUAGAGCUAGAGCUAAAGCUAAAGCUAAAGCUAGGGCUAAAGCUAGAGCUAGAGCUGAAGCUAAAGCUAGAGCUAGAGCUAAAGCUAGAGCUAGAGCUAAAGCUAGAGCUAGAGCUAGAGCUAGAGCUAGAACUAAAGCUAGAGCUAGAGCUAAAGCUAGAGCUAGAGCUAGAGCUAGAGCUAGAGCUAGAGCUAGAGCUAGAGCUAGAGCUAAAGCUAGAGCUAGAGCUAGAGCUAGAGCUAGAGCUAGAGCUAGAGCUGAAGCUAAAGCUAGGGCUAGAGCUAGAGCUAGAGCUAAAGCUAAAGCUAGAGCUAAAGCUAGAGCUAGAGCUAGAGCUGAAGCUAAAGCUAGAGCUAGAGCUAAAGCUAGAGCUAGAGCUAGAGCUGAAGCUAAAGCUAGAGCUAGAGCUAGAGCUAGAGCUAGAGCUAGAGCUAGAGCUAGAGCUAGAGCUAGAGCUAGAGCUAGAGCUAGAGCUAGAGCUGAAGCUAAAGCUAGGGCUAGAGCUAGAGCUAAAGCUAGAGCUAAAGCUAAAGCUAGGGCUAGAGCUAAAGCUAGAGCUAGAGCUAGAGCUAGAGCUAGAGCUGAAGCUAAAGCUAGGGCUAGAGCUAAAGCUAAAGCUAGAGCUAGAGCUGAAGCUAAAGCUAGGGCUAGAGCUAAAGCUAGAGCUAGAGCUAGAGCUAGAGCUAAAGCUAGAGCUAGAGCUAGAGCUAGAGCUAGAGCUAAAGCUAAAGCUAAAGCUAGGGCUAAAGCUAGAGCUAGAGCUGAAGCUAAAGCUAGAGCUAGAGCUAAAGCUAGAGCUAGAGCUAAAGCUAGAGCUAGAGCUAGAGCUAGAGCUAGAACUAAAGCUAGAGCUAGAGCUAGAGCUAGAGCUAGAGCUAAAGCUAAAGCUAGGGCUAGGGCUAGAGCUAGAGCUAAAGCUAAAGCUAGAGCUAAAGCUAAAGCUAGAGCUAGAGCUAGAGCUAGAGCUAGAGCUAGAGCUAGAGCUGAAGCUAAAGCUAGGGCUAGAGCUAGAGCUAGAGCUAAAGCUAAAGCUAGAGCUAAAGCUAAAGCUAGAGCUAGAGCUAGAGCUGAAGCUAAAGCUAGGGCUAGAGCUAGAGCUAGAGCUAAAGCUAAAGCUAGAGCUAAAGCUAAAGCUAGAGCUAGAGCUAGAGCUGAAGCUAAAGCUAGAGCUAGAGCUAAAGCUAAAGCUAGAGCUAGAGCUAGAGCUAGAGCUAAAGCUAGAGCUAGAGCUAGAGCUAGAGCUAGAGCUAGAGCUAGAGCUAGAGCUAGAGCUAGAGCUAGAGCUAGAGCUAGAGCUAGAGCUAGAGCUGAAGCUAAAGCUAGGGCUAGAGCUAGAGCUAAAGCUAAAGCUAGAGCUAGAGCUGAAGCUAAAGAUAGAGCUAGAGCUAGAGCUAGAGCUAAAGCUAGAGCUAGAGCUAGAGCUAGAGCUAAAGCUAAAGCUAAAGCUAAAGCUAGGGCUAAAGCUAGAGCUAGAGCUGAAGCUAAAGCUAGAGCUAGAGCUAAAGCUAGAGCUAGAGCUAAAGCUAGAGCUAGAGCUAAAGCUAGAGCUAGAGCUAGAGCUAGAGCUAGAGCUAGAGCUAGAGCUAAAGCUAGAGCUAGAGCUAGAGCUAGAGCUAGAGCUAGAGCUAGAGCUAGAGCUAGAGCUAGAGCUAGAGCUAGAGCUAGAGCUAGAGCUAAAGCUAGAGCUAGAGCUAGAGCUAGAGCUAAAGUUAAAGCUAGAGCUAGAGCUAAAGCUAGAGCUAGAGCUAGAGCUAGAGCUAGAGCUAGAGCUAAAGCUAGAGCUAGAGCUAGAGCUAGAGCUAAAGUUAAAGCUAGAGCUAGAGCUAAAGCUAAAGCUAGAGCUAGAGCUAGAGCUAGAGCUAAAGCUAAAGCUAGAGCUAGAGCUAAAGCUAAAGCUAGAGCUAGAGCUAAAGCUAAAGCUAGAGCUAGAGCUAGAGCUAAAGCUAAAGCUAGAGCUAGAGCUAGAGCUAGAGCUAAAGCUAAAGCUAGAGCUAGAGCUAAAGCUAAAGCUAGAGCUAGAGCUAAAGCUAAAGCUAGAGCUAGAGCUAAAGCUAAAGCUAGAGCUAGAGCUAAAGCUAAAGCUAGAGCUAGAGCUAGAGCUAGAGCUAAAGCUAAAGCUAGAGCUAGAGCUAGAGCUAGAGCUAGAACUAGAACUGGGGCUAGGACUAGAGUUAGGGUUCUGGGCUAGGGAUUUGAGUUAA